AUGAGUUCGGGUGGAGAAACACCUAAAUUGAAGAGUUAAGGAUCCAGACAUGACACAACUAACUCCUCCUUAGCCAACAUAGGAGGAGCUCAACAAAACCUAUAAGUUUUGAACGACCGCAAAGUCUUAAUGAUCUAUGCAUCAGGAGCCACUGCUGCAGAAGGCGAAGUCAGUGAAUCUCACAUGACUGUCUUAAAAGGAAGACUAGAACAAAGAUUGAAAAAUAUUUCCUUUCUCUGUGAUCUUGAAUACACUUAAUACCACAAUCAAGAGGGAUGUCUUACAACUCCAAUAUCUGAAUUUGGAAGAAGAACAGUCUACAAAGUUAUGGAAUUGGAACAAAUAACCAAUUCUAGACAAACGUCUUAUGUUGAUAUCAGACACAUUGCAGAAAUCAUCAAAGAGAAUUAUGAAAAAUAUAGUGCCUUCGUCAUUUUGAGUGGGAUUGCAACUAUCACUUAUCUUGGCACUAACCUCUCCUUCAUGUUAGAGAACCUGCAAAAAACUGUAGUAAUAACUGGUUCUCUAAUACCUCUGUCAUUCAUGAGAAAUGACGCAUUUUAAAAUAUCUUAGAUUCCUUAAUUUUAGCUGGCCAUUUCUUGAUCCCAGAAGUUGUUAUAGUAAUGGAUCACAAAGCCUACAGGGCCAAUAGGUGUAGACAAUUGAAAUGCGAUUCCUUAGAUUGUAUUGAGAGUCCAAAUUUUCCUCCUUUGGUAGAAUUUGGAAUUAAUAUCGAAAUUAAAUGGUAAUUGGUGUUAAGAAGAGGAGAACAAAUGUUCACCAAUGACGAAAGUACCUUAGAAUUAGCCCCUCCCUUUGUGACAGACAUCAUUAUCAUAAAGAUCACACCAUACACAAGUGUUGAACACAUUCGACAUAUUUUGAAUACCCCAAAAUUGAGAUGUUGUAUAUUAGAAUGCUAUCACUUUGGAGAAAUGCCCCACAAUCAGGAGUUGUAUAAUGUAUUGUUGUAUGCCCAACAACAAUUGGGUAUUAUAUUGAUUCAAAUAUCACAAUGCACUAAAGGACAACCAAUCAUAAACUUCAAGAAGGUAGUUAAUGGCAUCAUUGUCUAAUACGACAUCACUCCAGAAAGUGCCCAAGCCAAAAUAGCAUACCUAUUAGGCAAGGGAUAUAGUUAAUAAGAGAUCCUUAGAAAAUUCCCAUAGAAUUUGUAAGGAGAAACUGAAUCAGUUAGACAAUUCGAGAAAUUCGAGGGAUAAAAGCAGCAUUUCAUCUAAACUAUAUUGGAGACUCUACAGAAGACAUCAGGGGAUGAGUAAAUUAGUCAGAAUAUGGACAUCAUGAAUAAAUACAUCAUUCCAAAUCUGGGAUGCUUUCUUGCCACAACAGGGUAGUUAGAGUUGAUCAAGGAUCUAAGAAGGAAUGAAGGCAAUCUCAAUAUCCCUGAUUUCGAUGGGAGAACUGUACUUCAUUUGGCUGCUGCUAAUAAAUAAAUUGAAAUCAUAAAGUACUUAAUUGAAGAAGUUCAUGCAGAAAUAAAUCCAAUCGAUUACUUAGGAUAUUCCCCCAUGUAUGAGGUGUUAAUCAGCAGAGAUAAGGAAUUACUAUUAUUCUUCUAGUAAAAUGGAGGCAUCAUCUCAGCACCUCAUCAUGUGAUGGUGGAUUUAAUCUUAAGUUCUGGCUUGAAUGGAGAUUUGUAAAUGCUAGAACUCAUAUUUCAUGGAGGAAUCAAAAACCUGAAUGAGUUUGUCAAUGUUGAUAACCGUAACAUCGCUCAUAUGGCUGUCAUGUCCAUGAACUCAAAAAUCAUAAAAUUCUUGAGAUUUAAAGCUAAAUUCGACUUUAGUGAAAGAGAUCGUUGGGGUAGCACUCCCUAUGAAAAUGCUAUUGAAAUAAAAAGCAAGAAAAUUAAAUUGUAAAUGUUAAACGAGGUUUCUAUCAAUGAAAUCAUUGAGAUGUUGGCUACAAUAGGAAAUGAAUGA